AUGGCUGAAUUUACUCAGAUACAUACAUUCCCGCAGCCUAUGUGCGCCAACAAUGACCAGGCUGGAGAUGACAAUGGAAUAACUCUGUGUACUAAAGCUGGAUCAAAGGCAUGCAGUAAGUGCCUCUUAGUCCAGUAUUGCAGCAAAGAUUGUCAAGCCGCACAUUGGAAGUCUCAUAAAAAGGAUUGUCACUCUCCACUUCUGAAGAAAUCCUGGAAACCUCAAUGGGCUGCGGAGAAACGAGUGCCGGCUUUUAUAACCCCGGGUGGUGAUCUUAAUGCGCCAGUUCAUGAAUGGGUUACUAUGGUUCAGCAUGGAAGUAAGAAAUAUCUAUGGGGAAAUGUUCCUGCGAUAGAUGUGAUACAACGUGGCAAGAAUGAGGGAGAAAUCUUUCCAGAGGAAUUCAAUAUGCUGUUCGCAGCAUCUGGAGAUAUCAGAAACGUUGUCAAGUCUAUAAUCGGACUUCCGGUCGCGUAUACAGGGAAGUGUGAGAUUGUGAUCAACGAUAGGGACUUCGAUAUUGUGGCGAGAAAUGCAAUCUUGCUCCUCACAGCUCUCUUAUUUGACCCCAUGGAAGCAGCGGAUAUUAUGCUACAUACGUGGUAUUCUGCAUUUGUACCCGAAUCAGUGUUGCAAAAAGUCCAAGAACGAAUCCUUCCUCUGAUUGAAGAUGUUUGCAUGAAAGUUCGGGAUCGUCCUGAGAGCUCUCUACAGUCCAAGACUUGGACAUUCGGCACUCGAAAGCUGAGCUUGACCUUACCAAAGGCUUCAUGGGAUCUUCUUCCAUCGUUUCUCAAAGUUCCCAGUGGUUUGACAGCAAGUCAAGCCCGGAAAGUGAUGGUAGAGACUACAUUAGCACCAUCAAGAAAAGAUUAUAUUGAUCGAGCAUUCUAUAUUAAACCACCUGCUUGGCGUGUUUGUGCUGUCAAGUUUCGUACUGAUGGUAUACUACUGCCAUUUGGAAAUUCUCGUAAAGAGUUCAAUACACCAAACCCAACGAUGUUUCAAAGCACUGACUUUUGGCCAAUGAUGGACUCUGCAGAUCCAAAGGAAGGAUGGGCUAUCAAUGAAUUCAUGUCGAAACCCCCACCCUCUCGGAACGAUGUCUAUGGCAGCCUCUACUUUUAUGUUCUGAAGCAACUGGAAGAAUUCUGUCAACGAAUGAGUAAUUUGAAAAUUCGGUUCCAACUGUGUGGGCUUGAUGCCAUGGAUCUGCCAGGGAUUCUAGACGAGCGUGGCACUGGGGGGAAUUUCUUUGAUAGAAUUGAGGUAUCAAAUAUUGGAGAUCGUGGCUACCUUGGACCCCCGAAACUCCUCGCGACUUUCGCUCCAUACCUGAAGCAAAAAUCACAAAACCCGCACGCUACACUCAUAGCCUUAUUCCUAAACGCUGUGCAUGAGUACUAUGAUGCACAUGACCACAUUGGUAGCAUAAAAGCAGAAAUAGCUCAACUGAAUAACUACAUGACUCUUGAUGCAGCUACUAUCUCGCGUAUUGAUCAAGAAACAUACAAUCCAGAAGUCAUCAAAUAUCUUAAUGCGAGAUCUGCAUUUAGGGACUUUGAUAGACCAUUUGAUAAAUUUCAGAAGCAUUGUCGUCUGAAUGAAAUUGGCCCAAUUGUAGGAUUGAAAAUCAAGAGUAAGAAUACAGUGGUUGAGAAAUGGCCUUUGAGGUUGAAACCUGGGUCGGCGCAAGAGGAUUUUGAAAUUUUGUUGGCAUCGGGACACACGGGUUCCGAAAGAUAUGUAGAAUGGGAAAGUUUGACAUAA